AUGUUCAACGGGGAUGCCAGCUCCUCAUCCGCCAGGAAUGUGGUGCGCAGCUCCAGCAUCAGCGGCGAGAUGUACAACCUGGAGAAGAGCGCGCGCGGCAGCGCCGACUCCGUCACCGUCACCGCCAGCAAGAAGCGACGCUCCAGCCUGGGCGCCAAGAUGGUGGCGAUUGUGGGGCUGUCCCAGUGGAGCAAGAGCACCCUGCAGCUCAACCAGACUGAGGGAGGCCCCAAAAAGCUGCGCAGCACCAUCCGCAGGAGCACCGAGACCGGCAUCGCGGUGGAGAUGAGGACCAGGGUGACCCGGCAGGGCAGCCGGGAAUCCACGGACGGCAGCACCAACAGCAACAGCUCCGACGGCACGUUCAUCUUCCCCACCACCCGGCUGGGAGCAGAGAGCCAGUUCAGCGAUUUCCUCGACGGGCUGGGGCCGGGGCAGCUCGUGGGGCGGCAGACCCUGGCAACCCCCCCGAUGGGUGAUGUCCACGUCAGCAUGGCUGACCGCAACGGGCAGCUAGAGGUGGACGUGAUCCAGGCCAGGGGACUCAUCCCAAAGAUGGGCUCCAAGUGCAUCCCUGCCACCUAUGUGAAGGUUUACCUGCUGGAAAACGGCGUCUGCCUGGCCAAGAAGAAGACCAAGGUGGUGAAGAAAACCUGUGACCCCUCGUACCAGCAGCCCCUGCUCUUUGAGGAGAGUCCCCAGGGCAAAGUCCUGCAGGUGAUCGUCUGGGGCGAUUACGGGCGCAUGGACCACAAGUGCUUCAUGGGGAUGGCCCAGAUCAUCCUGGAGGAGCUGGAUCUCUCCAGUGCUGUCUCGGGCUGGUACAAACUCUUCCCAACCUCCUCCCUGGCCGACUCCAGCAUCGGACCCCUGACCCGCCGCCUCUCCCAGUCCUCCCUGGAGAGCUCCACCAGCCCCUCCUGCCCAUAG